GAGGAACGAGGGAGGGAGACGGAAGUAAUGGAGCAGUGUAAGGAGGGCGGGGCCGCGAAGCACGAGAUCGUCAUCAGCGACACCAGCGGCAGGCCCCCAGUCUCCAAGGACUCCGUUGUUGAUCUCGAGUUCGGAGACCCAACCAUGUACGAGUCAUUUUGGAAAGGGAUGGGGGAUCGCGGCACCAUCACCAUUCCGAGUUGGCAAACGAUAAGUUAUUUCUCGGACGCGACCAACUUGUGCUGGUUUCUUGAACCCGAGUUUGCUCAAGAGAUACGACGCCUGCACAACCUUGUAGGCAACGCUGUGACCGAGGACAGACGCAUAAUCGUGGGCACUGGCUCCAGCCAACUCUUGCAAGCUGCGGUCUAUGCUUUGUCACCAUCUGAUGCCCCUGAGCCAAUAAGCGUAGUUUCUGCCGUGCCUUACUACUCGUCAUAUGAACCACUUAUGAAUCACCUUCGGUCCGGACUUUUUCGGUGGGCUGGGGAUGCAUGCACGUUUAAGGGUGAUUCAUAUAUUGAGUUGGUCUGCUCUCCUAGAAACCCUGAUGGCUUUCUAAGUCAAGCAGUCUUGAAGUCUGAUGGUGGAAAGACAAUCCAUGACCUGGCCUACUAUUGGCCUCAAUAUACUCCAAUUACUGGUCCAGCAGAUCAUGACAUUAUGAUCUUUACUUUCUCAAAGAGCAUUGGCCAUGCUGGAUCUCGUAUUGGGUGGGCUCUGGUGAAGGACACUGCUGUUGCUCGGAAGAUGGUCAAAUUUUUGGAGAUAAGCACAAUUGGAGUGUCCAAAGUCUCACAGAUUCGAGCAGCAACGAUUCUUAAAGUAGUCUCAGAUAGCUAUGAGAAUCCAAUCCCUGGAAACCAAGACAAGGUCUUCGCUUUUGGCCGGCAUCUUCUAGCCAAUCGGUGGAAGAAGUUACGAGAAAUUGUCGAAGCCUCAGGCAUCUUUAGCUUGCCGGAGUUCCCAUCUGAAACUUGCAAGUUCACCGGGGAGACAGCUGAAAUCCUUCCUGGCUUUGCAUGGUUGAAAUGUGAAAAAGAAGGAAUAGAAGACUGUGCGAGCUUUCUAAGGAGCCACAAGAUCAUUGCUCGAGGUGGGCGCUUUUUUGGGGCAGAACCCAAAUUUGUGCGGGUUAGCAUGUUAGAUCGAGAUGAGACAUUUGAUCUUUUUAUUGAAAGGCUUUCGUCCAUUCGUUGAGCUCCUGCCUGUUGAUGAUAAAAACUUUCUUUUCGCCUCGGUGGGAACAUUAUAUCCCUAAUAUAUAAAUAUCUAAAUAUUUGUCAGCAGCCGUUGCUCAAAUUACAUUUUUGGCACCACUCUCCUCCGGGCUUGCCAAUUAGCAAUCACUGGGAGUGUGGCAUGACGCUAACCAGCAAAUUGAAGUUUCA